AUGGAGAUUGAUCAAAUUCCUCCUGUCGAAUACGUGGAACAGGCAAUACAACAACUUUAUGGUAACGGAAACCACAGGGAAGCUCAAGAGUAUUUACAUAAUCUUCAAAAACAACCGUAUGCAUGGGACUUAGCUCCCCAAUUACUUCGCUCAGAGGCAUGUAAUUAG